GGGGCUGCGGCGCUGAUCGCCCCCGCCCGCCUCUCCUGCCCGCCCGCCGCUCUACCCCACACCAGCCCCUUCCACCUCUGCCGCCGGCAGCGCCAUGGCGGCCCCCAGCAGCAUCGUGCCCGUCAUGGCGAGUAAAACCAAGACCAAGAAAAAGCACUUCGUGGCGCAAAAAGUGAAGUUGUUCCGGGCUAGCGACCCGCUGCUCAGCGUCCUCAUGUGGGGGGUCAACCACUCGAUCAAUGAACUGAGCCAUGUUCAAAUCCCUGUUAUGUUGAUGCCAGAUGAUUUCAAAGCAUACUCAAAGAUAAAGGUGGACAAUCACCUUUUCAACAAAGAAAACAUGCCAAGUCAUUUCAAAUUUAAAGAAUAUUGUCCAAUGGUUUUCCGCAAUUUAAGAGAGAGAUUUGGAAUUGAUGAUCAAGACUUUCAGAAUUCAUUGACAAGAAGUGCACCCCUUGCCAAUGAUUCCCAAGCACGCAGCGGUGCCCGCUUUCAUACGUCGUACGACAAAAGAUAUAUCAUCAAAACUAUAACAAGUGAAGAUGUAGCAGAAAUGCACAACAUACUCAAGAAGUACCAUCAGUUUAUUGUGGAGUGUCAUGGGAAUACACUUCUUCCCCAGUUUUUGGGCAUGUACCGGCUUACUGUUGAUGGAGUUGAAGUAUAUAUGGUUGUUACAAGAAAUGUGUUCAGCCAUCGUUUAUCUGUUUAUAGAAAAUAUGAUUUAAAGGGCUCUACUGUGGCUCGAGAAGCCAGUGACAAAGAAAAGGCCAAAGAGCUGCCGACAUUCAAAGACAAUGAUUUUAUUAAUGAUGGCCAAAAGAUUCAUAUUGAUGAGACUAACAAAAAGAUGUUCCUUGAGAAACUCAAAAAGGAUGUUGAGUUCCUUGCUCAGUUAAAACUCAUGGACUACAGCUUGCUGGUUGGAAUUCAUGAUGUUGAAAGAGCUGAACAGGAAGAAAUAGAGUGUGAAGAGAAUGAUGGAGAAGAGGAAGGUGAAAGUGAUGGGACCCACCCUAUUGGAACCCCUCCAGACAGUCCGGGAAAUACACUGAACAGCUCACUGCCUUUGGCUCCAGGGGAAUUUGAUCCAGCUAUUGAUGUUUAUGGAAUAAAAUCCCAUGAAAAUGCUCCCAGGAAGGAGGUGUACUUCAUGGCCAUUAUUGACAUUCUUACUCAUUAUGAUGCAAAAAAGAAAGCUGCCCAUGCUGCAAAGACAGUAAAGCAUGGGGCUGGUGCAGAAAUUUCAACUGUUAACCCAGAACAGUAUUCAAAGCGCUUCUUGGACUUUAUUGCCAACAUCUUGACGUAACCUAUCAUGUUACAUAGGACAGACACGAGACCUGGGGACAGCAGCAGUGGCUACAAGUGUAGGGGAAAAAAGGAACUCAGAGAAGCACUCAUCUUACAGAAAGCAACCCCUUUGUUUACAUCUGCUGGCAAAGAUGACUGAAGUGGGGUGGAGUACUCGCUUUAACAGCUGCCUGAUAUUCCCAGCAUAGUUCUAGCUAUUUCUGACUCUUUUGUGUGUGCAAAAAAAUUUAAAAUAAUUUAAAUAAAUAGAACAGCUUACUCAGAGUGCACUGUGACAGUAAUACUCUGAUGCUACCAGCUGAAAUGGAAUAAAUGAGCAAAGAGGUGUGGGGUGGGGGUGGGGAAGAGUAAAUGCAUGUUAAAUUUACAAUAUUGAUAUCAAAUUGUAAACUGUGGAUCAGUUUAUAUUUUGAAAAAAGAUACAUGACAGUAUUCUUCAUGAUGAUGAUGGUGAUAAUAAUGAAGACCUUACUGCGAAUGUUACACUUACACCCUGCACACUGGCACUCCUUAAAAACACAGCUGCAACAGCCCUUGGUGCCGGAGGCUUUUCCCAUUUGGUUCCUAGCAGUUGGGUUUUUUCCUUUUCUUUCCUCCCUCUCCCAUUUUUUGUCUUCUUUUUCAGCACAUUGUAUCAGGAAGUUCAGCCUCUCAGACGUCUGAGAGCUGGCAUCUCUUACCUUACAAAGAGCUAACAUAAUUCAUGCUAUGUGUACAUUUUUGCUAUAGUAAACUUACAUUAAGGGAAAACUUUGCUUAUUUCUCUUUGUUACCUGAAGUUUUCAUUUGUUUUAUAUUCUUGCAAUAUAGGAACUAAUAAUGUUACAAGUGUAAAAGUAGCUUAUCUGAAGAAGUGCAUAGUUUUGGGCAAUAGUAGCUUCAUCUUCUACCCAUCCUGAAAAAUGUGCACACUGAUAGAAAUUCCGUUCCCUUGUCAUUUACUGGGAAUUUGAAGUUUAAAUGCUUAUGUUGUACUGUUGAAAUAGCAGUAUUUUAUUAUAGAUUAUCCCUUGAAAAAUGAACCCUGAAUUUUACUGUUUACAUUAUUAGGAAAGCAGGGAUAUUUCUGAAUUUCAGAGCCGUGUACAAUAUAAGACUUUUGAGUUUACAUGUAAAGUUAUUUUGCAGUACAAAUGAAGUAAUGUUUGUCAUCUUCCAAGAGGUAAUAUGCAGUAGUGUACUAAAGUGAAUGUCUCGCUCACCUCCAUGAUAGACUCUUUUACAAUAAAAUGCGAAAGGAUAUUUUGGAGGGAUUUUUCCCAAGCUUGUCUUUCAGUAUCAAAAUGACCUGUCCUACCAUUGACUCAGUUUUGAUUGUAUAGUACAUUGCCUGAAACUGUGCUGAUCAUGUUUAACUUGUUUAAAAUUUUUAAACAACAUUGUAUUCAUUCUCCUCUUGUAUUUUUCCCUGAAAGACUCCAUGCUUGAAAGAGACAAAUUUACAUAUGCUUAAAAGUUUAUCUACUUAUACACUGUGCUAAAGCUGUGCCUUUAAAAUUUCUUUAUUGAAAUUGUUAGAUUUUGUAGGCAACAUAAGAGAAGUCAAACCUCCCUCUCAUUGUUUCUAACUGGGAUCAGGAGUGCCAGCAUGCCUUCUCCAUAACCAGUGUCAGUGCUGCUCAGCCUGCAACUGUGCAUAACCUGUGUUGUGGUUCACUUCAGAGGAGCCCCUGCAACAGCAACCCCUUCAUGACACUUCCAGUGGCCAAAGGCAAUACUAUCCCUGUUGCUGUGUACUAAUUUUUCUUCCUUUCCCCAACCUUUCCCACAGGGUUUUUUGUUACGUUUGACUUAGUGAUGUCUGCAGCACUGUAAUGUAUGUGUAUACUUUUGUAUUGUAUGUAUUUAAAUAAGUUGGUACUGUGGCUUGAUUUUUUUUUUGUCCUCUCCCUAAACACCCUGGUUGUCUGCGUUCUCACCCAAGUUUCGUUUUCUGAAGCUUCUGAAGGUAUGAGGCCACAGGGAGACCCUGGAGUAAAAAUAAGGUACUCAGAGUACAUAUUUAAUUGCGGCCAACGAGUGUACAUUUUAGACCAUUUUAGACAUUUACAGCAAAGCAUUAUUUUUGUCUGUGUAGCAUUUUUGUCACUCGCUCUUGUUGAUAAACUGUUUAUUUGGACAGGGCAAGGAAGGCUCAUUAUUGUGUAUGUUAGUGCUUAGAUUACACUCCAAACAUGAGCAAGGCUUUAUAAAAUAAAGCACUUUGAUGACUCACUAGGUAAA